AUGACGUUUUUGAUGAUGGCGGGGCUACAGGCCAUGCCAGAGGAGGAGGAACUCCGAAACACGUGCGUUCCGUUCUGGAACAACAUCGCCCUCAUCUUUGUCAAGCUCAACAAACACGCGUUGGCGCGCGACAAGUGUGACCUUGUGCUGAGCGUGGACAAGGACAACGCCAAGGCCCUCUUCCGCAAGGCACAGUUGUUUGCGCCACUCCUGCACCGUGCACGCAUGGAGCAGCAGCGGGACAGGGAACAGCAAGCCGAAAUGUACAAGCGUAUGAUGGGUUCUGCGCUUGAUCCGAGCAAACCUGGGAACGGCGAUGAUGAGGACGAGGAUGACGGCGAGGAAAUGGACGAGGCAGCGCUGGAAGAGUGGCGAAAAGGCCACCUGAUGCGCGGUCUCACGUGGGCUGCCGUUGCCGCUGUGUGCGCCAUCCUGAUUCGUUACUUGCUCAGCUAG